UGAACACACUGCCCAAACUCUCUGGCUCCCCCACUAGUGUCUGUCCCCAGGGCUGAGCAGCGGGAGGCAGGACAGCGUCGUCUGUGAGGCACACGGCCAGCUGCAGGGCCUGAACCUGAACAUGAACAUGAACAUGAACAUGAACAGCCGAAAAUAAUCUGCAUAGUUACAUGGUUCUGCCUUCACACCCUCAUUUGUAGCCUGUGGUGCUGAUAGGUCACUUUGGGACAUUGUCUGGUCAAUUCAGCCCUACAGUUGCAACUUUUCAUUACACUGGAAAGUGUCUUGGUGUCUCCCUAAAGAAAGGCAUUGCCACCCCCUCAAAUGGGCCUCAGAGGGAACAGUGCCCCCUUCUGGCAGCCCUAUGGACAGGGCAUAGGACAGCAGCUUCAGGGUAAAGGGGUCACUGGUGUGGGAGGGGUUGGCACCCAGCUCCAAACCAAGCCCCCCCUCCCUAACAGCCUGCCCCCUCCCACCCCUCCAGGGUGCCCCCAGGGUGGCAAACCUGGUGAGAGCUGCCCCCCAAACCAGCAGGGGCCCCAGACCACGUUCAGAUGGGGACUCGAGGGAAAGGGCUUUGAGUGGCGCUUCAGAUAUCGAGCUUUUCCAGCCGCACAGAAACCGGUCUGAUUAUGAUGGAGAAACACAGCUGAGGUUUACAGGCCCAAGACCACAAUGCACAGCAUAGAGAGCAUGAAGGCUGUUUUGGUGACUGUAACAAACAUACAGUGACCCCUGCUGAUGAGAUUGCUGUUCUGCCCCCCCCCCCACCCCCCAUCGGGCCCCUCAACUGACCCGGAGAAGCCGAAGCUGAUCCAGGAGCGGCUGGAGCUCCUGAAACACGCCGACUGGUGCCAGUGGUUGAAGGAGCAACACAGCUGCUUGUGGUCGUGCUCCAGGCCCGACUGCGACACCAUGAGGAAGGUCCUGGAGCACAUGACCCUCUGCAAGGCCGACACGUCCUGCCAGGUGAAGCACUGCGCUUCCUCCCGCCGGAUCAUCUCAGAGAACAAGGACUACAGAUGGCUGUACAUCGCCUCAGUACUGGGCUGGUGGUUCUAA